AUAACUUUAGGAGGGUUUAUUUAAAGCUUGUGAGUGUAGCAAAAUCAUAGAUAUAGUGCAGUAACCUAGGGUAAGUGACAAAGUUGGUACCACCUCCACACUUAUAAGGAUACAGGGAAGGAACAUUUACCAGAACAUGGGUGGAGAAAGAAUCUACAGAGUUGGCUACUCUGGAAGAAGCAAUGACUUUGUGUCAAGAGACACAGUAAGUGAGAGGCGAUCUUUCCGGGAAGCAGGGGAAUGGUACCCUGAUAGUACUUUUCUCUCUUCCUCUGCUCUCUGAUGAGAAGUUCGUCUUUUUCCAUCCUUUUCUCUCCUCUCUGCUGUGUCUGGCUUCGCUCUCAGGCAGGUCUUCUUCAUUUAUUUAUUUAUUUUUUUGUCUUUUGUCUUUUUGUUGUUGUUGUUGCUAUUUUUUGGGCCGCUCCCUCGGCAUAUGGAGGUUCCCAGGCUAGGGGUUGAAUCGGAGCUGUAGCCACCGGCCUACGCCAGAGCCACAGCAACGCGGGAUCCGAGCCGCGUCUGCAACCUACACCACAGCUCACGGCAACGCCGGAUCGUUAACCCACUGAGCAAGGGCAGGGACCGAACCCGCCACCUCAUGGUUCCUAGUCGGAUUCGUUAACCACUGCGCCACGACGGGAACUCCCCAGGCAGGUCUUCUUUAAAUGGAGGCCACUUGUAUAGCAAUCGCAAUUUUUCGUUCUGAUCGGGCUCCAACCCUCUUGACUUGACUCAUGUGCCUACCCUCAAACCAGUCACAGAAGCCAGGGGAAUGUGCUUCUCGGCUUGACCAGAACUAGGCCACACACUUAUCCUUGAAACUGGGGUGUGGGACUCAGCUCCAUAGAAGUAUGGUGACUGAGACUGAUGGAUUGAGGUGUGUGUGUGUGUAGUAUGGAAAGUCUGGAUGCUGGUCAGCCAAAACAGUUCCACUAUCUGUCCCUCUGUUGAGUUCCACGCAUUUUCCUGAGAUUGGAACCCUGUUGGGACACAGGUAUCUGGCCACACUGGACUUGUCUGUGAUGCCUGCCAGCUCUUCUCCAGAGGUGGGACCCACUCUUCUGGCUUGGAGUAUCCCCCAGACUCUGUCUAUCCUGCUUAAAGCUUGGUCCUGCUUGUCCUCUUCCUGCUUUAAAUGCUCCCAGCAAGCUGCACAGUGCAUGCAAUGUCCUUUCAGACACUUUGGCAACUAGUGAGUCAUGUAUACAAAGAACCAUUCAAAGCAGAAUGUGGUCAGUUCUCUGAGAGAGUAGUGGAAAGAUGUUUGGAGAGCAGAGAUAAAGGCAUAGAACAUCUGGCUGGGAGCAUGAGAGCAGACAAACGAUUCAGUGACUAUCAAGCACCCAGGACAAGCUGAAGUGUAGGAUGCCUAAUGAUAAAAACAGGGAUAAUAAUAACAGCAGCUAAUACACAUAGUGCUGAACCAUAUGCCAGGCCCUGCUCUAAGAAUAUUACAUGAAUUAACUCAAUGUAUCCUCCCCAUCUUCUUUUGAGUGGGUACAGUUAUUACUCAUUUUAGAGCUGAGGUUAAGUAACUUGCCCAAGAUCACAUAGUAAGGAAGUGGCAGCGUAUGACUGAGUUCCUAUCCUGGAGGUUCUUAAAGGCCAGGAUACAGUGGUAGCUUUGACUUAACAGUUGUCUGAGUAGCUGUUUCAUCUUUCCCAAUGGACUCAAACCCACCGAGAACAGCACUGAGUCUAGUUCACCUUUGUACUACAACUUAGGGAGAAGCUACAUAUAUAUCCUCUUUGACUGGGCCAUCUUCACUGGAAUGGGCCUUUGUUAUACAGAAUAAAUGAAAUCUAGAGUACUGUGGAUGUGACAGGAAGUUAUGGAUCUGACUAACCGAGGCUUUCACCUCUGACUCAGUGUGUCUGGGUAAAUGACCUAAGGGCGCCAAACUGCUGAUUUUCCAACUGUAAAAGAGAGGAAAACAAGUACCCAGCAGGCUUCACCAAGACACAGCAAGAGUAUAGCAAAUACAUAAAUAAAUCCACAUAUUAAAUUCUUGCAACACUUCAGAGAAAGGUACUAUGAGAAACCAAGCUAAAUUUCUUAGUUUCACUGUAACAUCAGUAAUUAGCAGAUUUGCAUUAGGAGCCACACAUUCUAGACCCAAUGGAAAUACAACAGAAUAAUAAAACAUGAUUUCUGCUAGUCCCUAUUUUAUAGGAUUUGGUGCGCAAGAGCAGUUUGAGUGGUAAAUAUACAGAUUAUUUAACAGAGGUCAAAAUGUAAAGUACAUUAGAGCUCAUCCGGUUCAACAUAUAUAAAUGGAAAAUGAGAUUCAAAAGGGGGAAGUAAUAGACUGAGGAAGAGUGUUAUCAACGCACAAAUUUGUCCUCAAAGAAAAGGCCUGGGUCCUGGGCUUGAACUUGAGUCGAAGAGGCACCAUCUGUGUUACUUGGGGCCCGUGGCUUAGUUUCUCUGAACCAAAUUCCCCUUCUCUAAAAUGGGGAUAAUAACAACUUACUUUCAAGGGCUCUUGUGAAGAUUAAGUAAAAUCAUGCAUGUAAAACUUUAAUCCAGUGCCAGGUUUAGCCCCACAAGUCAACUAUUAUUGUUACCUCAGUAGGAGAAAGAUCUUUUGGCUCUUUUUCUGUAAGAAGAACCAUUCUUUCUCUGGUUAGACCUCAUUCACAAGGUCGGGGCAGAACAGAAAGUGCUUUCAGCUGCUCGGGAUGGGCGCUGCAGGAACACGGACCCAGCCAUCCCGGGAGGCAGAGCACUGUCCGCCCCGGCAAAGCCCAUCUUCCAUUUCCUGCCCUUCUUUUUCGGGAGCGCCGGGCUACCGCCACGCUCUCGGUUAUCUCAUUUUCCUGCUUCGCUGGCCUCUCUCUGGCUUCUCUCUGUGUCCUCUCAGUCAUGCGGGCCGCGCGGCAGCCAGGCGACCAAGGCUGGCGGUUCGGUCCCUCCACGCCCCAUUCUUCCCCUGCGUUCCCUCCCGUCGCAGCUGCGUUCCGAAGCCCGGGUUCCCGUGGGGAUUGACGCACUGGGGGAGGAGCGGUUUCUUGCUGCGCGCCUCUCAGGAGCAUUACGGCCGGGCUCGUUCCCGGCUCCGGCCGCCAGCCCCAGCCUCCCGGGUCCGGAGCGGGGACUGGCGGAGGCGGCGAGGGAGGGAGCGCAAGCGAGGGGGCACGCGCCCGCCCGCCCGCGCCCAGACCGCCGCCGCCGCCGCCUUAGCAGCCAUGGCCGAGCGCCGCGCCUUCGCCCAGAAGAUCAGCAGAACUGUGGCUGCUGAAGUAAGGAAGCAGAUCUCUGGACAGUACAGUGGUUCUCCCCAGCUGCUCAAAAACCUCAACAUUGUUGGCAAUAUAUCCCAUCACACCACAGUGCCCCUUACUGAAGCAGUAGAUCCAGUGGAUUUGGAAGAUUACCUCCUUACUCAUCCUUUAGCUGUGGAUUCUGGGCCUUUAAGGGAUUUGAUUGAAUUCCCUCCAGAUGAUAUUGAAGUGGUUUAUAGUCCUAGGGACUGCAGAACCCUUGUUUCAGCUGUCCCUGAAGAAAGUGAAAUGGAUCCACAUGUUAGAGAUUGUAUAAGAAGUUAUACAGAAGACUGGGCAAUUGUGAUCAGAAAAUAUCAUAAACUGGGAACAGGAUUUAAUCCUAAUACAUUAGAUAAACAGAAAGAAAGGCAAAAAGGUUUGCCAAAACAGGUCUUUGAAUCCGAUGAAGCUCCAGAUGGCAACAACUACCAGGAUGAACAAGAUGAUCUUAAAAGACGUUCAAUGUCAAUAGACGAUACUCCAAGGGGUAGCUGGGCCUGCAGUAUUUUUGACUUGAAAAAUUCACUUCCUGAUGCUUUGCUUCCCAAUUUGCUUGAUCGAACUCCAAAUGAAGAAAUAGACCGUCAGAAUGACGAUCAAAGGAAAUCAAACCGUCACAAGGAACUCUUUUCUUUGCAUCCAUCACCAGAUGAGGAAGAACCAAUAGAACGACUUAGUGUUCCGGAUGUGCCCAAAGAACAUUUUGGUCAAAGACUUCUUGUAAAAUGUUUAUCACUCAAGUUUGAGAUUGAAAUUGAACCCAUAUUUGCAAGUUUGGCUUUAUAUGAUGUCAAGGAAAAGAAAAAAAUUUCAGAAAACUUUUAUUUUGACCUUAAUUCUGAGCAGAUGAAAGGAUUAUUACGUCCACAUGUACCACCAGCUGCCAUUACUACCCUGGCAAGAUCAGCUAUUUUUUCUAUCACAUAUCCUUCCCAAGAUGUUUUUCUUGUAAUAAAGCUAGAAAAAGUGCUGCAGCAAGGAGACAUUGGAGAAUGUGCAGAACCGUAUAUGAUUUUCAAAGAAGCAGAUGCCACCAAGAAUAAGGAAAAAUUGGAGAAGCUGAAAAGUCAAGCUGAUCAGUUUUGCCAAAGACUUGGGAAGUAUCGCAUGCCAUUUGCUUGGACUGCAAUCCAUUUAAUGAAUAUUGUUAGCAGUGCUGGGAGUUUGGAAAGAGAUUCUACAGAGGUAGAAAUAAGCACUGGAGAACGAAAAGGGUCUUGGUCAGAGAGGAGGAACUCUAGUAUUGUUGGAAGAAGAUCACUUGAAAGGACAACAAGUGGAGAUGAUGCUUGUAACUUGACCAGCUUUCGACCCGCUACUCUCACAGUGACAAAUUUUUUUAAGCAGGAAGGAGAUCGUUUAAGUGAUGAAGAUCUGUACAAAUUCCUUGCUGAUAUGAGAAGGCCGUCUUCUGUUUUACGGAGACUGAGACCUAUUACAGCUCAGCUGAAGAUAGACAUUUCUCCUGCACCUGAAAAUCCCCAUUAUUGCCUAACCCCAGAGCUGCUUCAAGUGAAGCUUUACCCUGACAGUCGAGUUAGACCUACCAGAGAAAUUUUGGAGUUUCCUGCGAGAGAUGUCUAUGUUCCAAACACCACGUACAGGAAUCUUCUCUACAUAUACCCUCAGAGCCUCAAUUUUGCCAACCGUCAGGGUUCUGCCAGAAAUAUAACUGUGAAAGUACAGUUUAUGUAUGGGGAGGAUCCUAGCAAUGCCAUGCCGGUAAUCUUUGGUAAAUCUAGCUGUUCAGAAUUUUCAAAGGAAGCCUAUACAGCCGUAGUAUAUCAUAACAGGUCUCCUGAUUUUCAUGAAGAAAUCAAGGUUAAGCUCCCUGCUACUUUAACUGACCAUCAUCACUUGCUUUUUACUUUUUAUCAUGUUAGUUGCCAACAAAAACAAAAUACUCCUCUUGAAACUCCUGUUGGAUACACAUGGAUACCCAUGCUUCAGAACGGGCGAUUAAAGACUGGGCAGUUUUGCCUACCGGUCUCACUGGAAAAACCACCACAGGCUUAUUCUGUACUGUCUCCUGAGGUUCCUCUACCUGGCAUGAAAUGGGUAGAUAAUCACAAAGGUGUUUUUAAUGUUGAAGUUGUUGCUGUUUCAUCUAUCCAUACACAAGAUCCUUAUCUUGAUAAGUUUUUCGCUCUGGUGAAUGCUUUGGAUGAACAUAUGUUCCCAGUCCGUAUUGGAGACAUGAGAAUCAUGGAAAAUAACUUAGAAAAUGAAUUGAAGAGCAGUAUUUCAGCAUUGAAUUCAUCUCAGUUGGAGCCAGUGGUUCGAUUCCUUCAUCUUCUGCUUGAUAAACUGAUACUUUUAGUUGUUAGACCUCCUGUCAUUGCUGGCCAGAUAGUUAAUCUGGGUCAAGCAUCAUUCGAAGCCAUGGCAUCAAUUAUAAAUCGGCUUCACAAAAACUUGGAAGGCAAUCAUGACCAGCACGGCAGAAACAACCUUCUUGCAUCAUACAUCUACUAUGUUUUUCGCCUACCAAAUACUUAUCCUAAUUCACCAUCACCAGGUCCUGGGGGUUUGGGAGGAUCAGUGCAUUAUGCCACAAUGGCUAGAUCUGCUGUGAGACCUGCAAGCCUUAAUUUAAAUCGUUCUCGAAGCCUUAGCAAUAGUAAUCCAGAUAUAUCUGGGACUCCCACGUCACCAGAUGAUGAAGUACGGUCAAUCAUCGGCAGUAAGGGUUUAGAUCGCUCCAAUUCCUGGGUUAACACUGGUGGUCCAAAAGCUGCCCCAUGGGGAUCCAACCCCAGUCCAAGUACAGAAUCAACACAGGCUAUGGAUCGAAGUUGUAAUCGUAUGUCUUCGCACACAGAGACGUCAAGUUUCUUACAAACAUUAACGGGACGCCUACCAACUAAAAAGGGAAAGGAAGAUGAGUUAGAAAAAUUAUCACUCUUACUUUUUCAUGAGGAGCUGGCUUUGCAGUGGGUUGUUUGCAGUGGCAGCGUUCGGGAAUCAGCUUUGCAACAAGCCUGGUUCUUUUUUGAAUUAAUGGUAAAGAGCAUGGUGCACCAUUUAUACUUUAAUGAUAAACUUGAUGCACCAAGGAAAAGUCGUUUCCCAGAACGUUUCAUGGAUGAUAUUGCUGCUCUUGUCAGCACAAUUGCAAGUGAUAUAGUUUCACGAUUUCAGAAGGACACAGAAAUGGUUGAGAGACUCAACACAAGCCUUGCAUUCUUUCUUAAUGAUCUGUUGUCUGUUAUGGACAGAGGAUUUGUCUUCAGCCUUAUCAAGACCUGUUAUAAACAGGUAUCUUCAAAGCUUUAUUCAUUACCAAAUCCAAGUGUCCUGGUGUCCUUGAGACUGGAUUUUCUGCGAAUCAUCUGUAGCCAUGAGCACUAUGUUACCUUAAACUUACCCUGCAGCCUGCUUACUCCACCUGCAUCACCAUCACCUUCUGUUUCUUCUGCAACAUCUCAGAGUUCUGGAUUUUCCACCAAUGUGCAAGACCAGAAGAUUGCGAAUAUGUUUGAAUUGUCUGUGCCUUUCCGCCAACAGCAUUAUUUGGCAGGACUUGUGUUAACAGAGCUGGCUCUCAUUUUAGACCCUGAUGCGGAAGGACUAUUUGGAUUGCAUAAGAAAGUCAUCAAUAUGGUACACAAUUUACUAUCCAGUCAUGACUCCGACCCACGGUACUCUGACCCCCAGAUAAAGGCCCGGGUGGCUAUGUUGUAUCUCCCUCUGAUUGGCAUUAUCAUGGAAACUGUUCCUCAGCUGUAUGAUUUUACAGAAACCCACAAUCAGCGAGGAAGACCAAUCUGCAUAGCCACUGAUGACUAUGAAAGUGAGAGUGGAAGCAUGAUAAGCCAGACAGUUGCCAUGGCAAUUGCAGGAACAUCAGUUCCUCAACUAACAAGGCCUGGCAGUUUCCUCCUUACAUCAACGAGUGGCAGGCAACAUACUACCUUUUCAGCAGAAUCAAGUCGGAGUCUCUUGAUCUGUUUGCUUUGGGUUCUCAAGAAUGCAGAUGAGACAGUUCUACAAAAGUGGUUUACAGAUCUCUCAGUCCUGCAGCUAAACCGGCUAUUAGAUCUGCUUUAUCUUUGUGUAUCUUGCUUUGAGUACAAAGGAAAGAAAGUGUUUGAAAGAAUGAAUAGUUUAACUUUUAAGAAGUCAAAAGACAUGAGAGCAAAGCUUGAAGAGGCUAUUCUUGGAAGCAUAGGUGCUAGGCAAGAAAUGGUGCGCCGAAGCCGAGGACAGCUUGAGAGAAGCCCAUCUGGAAGUGCCUUUGGAAGUCAAGAAAAUCUGAGGUGGAGAAAGGAUAUGACUCACUGGCGUCAAAACACUGAGAAGCUUGACAAGUCAAGAGCAGAGAUUGAACAUGAAGCACUGAUUGAUGGAAAUCUGGCUACUGAAGCAAAUCUGAUCAUUUUGGAUACAUUAGAGAUUGUUGUCCAGACAGUUUCUGUAACAGAAUCCAAAGAGAGCAUCCUUGGUGGGGUGCUAAAAGUGCUGCUACACAGCAUGGCCUGUAACCAGAGUGCAGUUUAUCUACAACACUGUUUUGCUACUCAGAGAGCCCUGGUUUCAAAGUUCCCUGAACUCCUGUUUGAAGAAGAGACAGAGCAGUGUGCAGAUUUAUGCCUCCGGCUUCUCCGGCACUGUAGCAGUAGCAUCAGUACAAUACGGUCACAUGCUAGCGCCUCCCUUUACCUACUUAUGAGACAGAACUUUGAGAUUGGGAAUAACUUCGCCAGGGUUAAAAUGCAGGUAACCAUGUCACUGUCUUCCUUGGUGGGCACGUCGCAGAAUUUUAACGAGGAAUUCUUAAGACGUUCUCUAAAGACUAUACUGACAUAUGCUGAAGAAGAUCUGGAAUUGAGAGAAACGACAUUUCCUGAUCAGGUCCAAGAUUUGGUUUUCAAUCUCCAUAUGAUCCUUUCUGAUACUGUUAAAAUGAAGGAACACCAGGAGGAUCCUGAAAUGUUGAUUGACCUGAUGUACAGAAUUGCCAAGGGCUACCAGACCUCUCCAGACCUGCGACUGACCUGGUUGCAGAACAUGGCUGGCAAGCACUCGGAACGCAGCAAUCACGCCGAAGCUGCCCAGUGCCUUGUUCACUCAGCAGCGCUUGUUGCUGAAUAUCUGAGCAUGCUCGAGGACCGGAAAUAUCUUCCUGUGGGAUGUGUAACAUUUCAGAAUAUUUCAUCUAAUGUUUUAGAAGAAUCUGCAGUCUCAGAUGAUGUGGUAUCUCCAGAUGAAGAAGGUAUCUGCUCUGGAAAAUACUUUACUGAGUCAGGACUUGUGGGAUUGCUGGAACAAGCAGCUGCUUCUUUCUCUAUGGCUGGCAUGUAUGAAGCAGUUAACGAGGUUUACAAAGUACUUAUUCCUAUUCAUGAAGCUAAUCGGGAUGCAAAGAAACUAUCCACGAUUCAUGGUAAACUUCAAGAAGCAUUCAGCAAAAUUGUUCAUCAGAGUACUGGCUGGGAGUUCCUAUCUUGUGAAUAUUUUUCUUUUUGACUCUGGGAAAGCUUCAGUAAUUUCAUGUUUUCUAAAAGCUAUGUUUCCUAGCUAAUUUCCUGAUAUUCUUAAAGAACUCUCACUGGAUUGAGAUCCAAUAAGGAUAACUUAAACACUGUAGAAAGGCUCUUUGAAUUGAUAACUCUCUCCUUGACUUAGAGGAAAGCCACCUGGGUUUAUGUUAGUAUUGUGUUUCAUUUUUCACUGUGCUUCUUGAUUUGGUACAAAGUAUUUAAGUCGGCAAGGCUUUUUAGGGUUGUUUGUGUGUGUAAAAGAUAACUUUAAGCCUUGACAGCAAUUUAUUGAAGUAUUUACCAUACAAAAUAACAAAUCAUGACCCUUCUUAAAUCAUGGUGGCUGUUAUCUGCUGUUCCAGUUUCAGUAUCGUAAUGGCCGUCUAGUAUUUAUUUUCUCUUUUCACAAACCAACUUAUUUUUCAUAAACUAAUAAGGAAUAAAGUGUUUUAAUAAUUUCUUCCUUAUAAUUACAUUUUAAAAUUAUUUUUAGAAAAAAGCGGAAUACUGAAUUUCUGUAUGGAAACUUAUAGCCAGUUCAUAGUUAGUGUGUAUAUAUUUUAUUUUAAAAUAUCCAUUUAUCCAUUUAUCAAAUAAUGAUCCAUUUGUAUUCAGAAAGUAGAUUAAUGCAAGUUCAUAUUUUUCAGAAUAAUCAUUCCCCAACCAUUGAUAAUAUAGUCAUAUGAUACUGUCUCCAUUUUUUUUUUUUUUUCUUAAAAAUAGUACAACAUAUUUCACUACCCUAGGGGAAGUAUCACCACCCUAGUAGAUACAUAUCAUGGUCUCCAAAUAGAUUUGAUGAGAUGGGCUUAGCUUUAAAUUGCGUUUUCUCUGCUGGGUCCCUAACAAAAAGUGUGGUACCCUAACUUUGAGAUUGAAACAUGCAAAAUAAGUAUAUCUUAACUCUUGUCAUUGUACUGAUUGGACAAGAAUAUGAAUCAAGAUUUCGGUUUUUAUAUGCUGACAAAUUACGAGCCAUAGUUCUGAUGCAGUGGCUAGUGUUGAAUUUCUAUAUGCUUCAAUCCAUGCUAAAGCUGCAUGAGAUAAAUUAACUCAUCCAAGCAAGUAAAAGAGCAGAAUGAAAAACAGCAAAUUUUAAUGGGGGAGUGUGGAAUCUCUGAAUGAAGGUCAUGAAAAAAAAAAUUCCGUAGUCAAAACAAGUGCUUUUAUAGCAAAUAGUUGAAUGGGGAAAUGCAACCCUUUAAAGGAGACAUUAAACCAGUGUAGGUAUAAAACUUCUACGUGUGUUUACCUCAGGAAGGUGGUGAGGUGAAGUCAGAUAUGUAGAACAUUAAGAAAAAUCAGUAAAUGAGAAAAGACUUCUCUAGGAGGGGGUGCUUUCUGAUAGUUGUCGACUCCCUAAUAAUUGGUAUAGACCCAUGACUAAGCCCCUGAUGAUGCUGUACCCACUGAUUGGGUUCUGCCCUUCAUGCUGCUUUUGAGGAGAAAAAGUAUGGACAACAAACAUUUACUUUGUAGAGAAUAUUGGACAUGAUUUCUUUUUUUCUGGUCUGAGACAUGUAACAGUCAAAAUUGAACUGAUGAAAAAUAUGGUAGGAUAUAUCUUAGAAAAUAUAUUUGGUAAGUAAACUGCAACCUGAUUUUCUUACUGGAAUAUGCAAGAAGGAGAUGCAAACAUGCAGUAAUAAUUACAGUAGAGGACAGUGUUGUGAUAUAGAGAAGAACAAAACAGAGAGGGAGAUACCCAGUAAUUCUGAAGUAAUUAUUCAAGGAAAUUCUCAAAAAUUCUCAAGGAAGACAUCAGAGAAGUGAAAGAUGACUUAGGGAUCAUGCUUAUGUCUUACUGUUUGUAUACCAGCAUAUAGAAUAUAGGGAUUAUAUAGCUUAACUAAGAGCUUGGGCUCAGGUGUCAAAUAUAUUGUUGGCUUUUUUUUUUUCUUUUUUCUUUUUAGGGCCUCAUGUGCAGCAUAUGGAAGU